CGACGUGUUCCGAGUGAAUUGAGACUACCAUGUCAGCGGCCUCCCUUCAUUGAGCCGAGAUCUGGCCAUUUUGCUGUCCGGUGCUGCACCGUGGUAACCGUCUAACGCAUCUGCGUCAUCGCACGUCAUCUCUGCGUCUGACAGCCGCCAGGGAGAGCCCAUGAGCAAGCCGACGUGACGGCAGCAGCAGAAGCGACGAUGGCGAGUGAGCAGAUCCACCCCCCUGGCGCCUCACCAUCAGCAGCCGAGGAGGGCUCUCGGGCUCCAGCUAUGCAGGCGGGCGAGGCGGCCGCUCCAUCAACAGAAGCGCGUCAGGGCGGCCAUUCAUCUGUCCCUGCUCAGCUGGCUCAUUCGGGCCCUCAGUGUGGUGCACCAGCCAGUGGUGCAGCGGUGAUCCAAACCGAUCUCGGAGCAGGUGACAUGGCAGCAAUGCAGCCGGCCUCGUCGACUACUAGCCUGUCUGCAUUGCUGGCGGCCGUCGUCACCCCCAAGCCCAUCCCCGCACACCCACACCAACGCUCACACCCACAGGGGCAGCAGGGCGGUCAGACCCCUCCUGCCGGCCAUGACCUGCUACUCAAUCGCGGUGGCAAGCGGCAGAGGACCGGUCGGGGCCGCGGCCGGCGGUCGGCGGGAGAGGUAGAGGGUCAGGAAGAGUACACGCCCGAGAACGACUUGGCUGCGGCGCGGCAUGAGGCGAGGGGUCAUGCUGGUAGUCGUGGCGGUGCUGCGGAGGACCACCAGGCCCUCAAUCCAGCCACCCACAUGUCGCCCGAGGAGGAGGGCAAACACGUGAGUCAGAGGGGGAGAGAGAGGGAGAGAGAGGGAGAGAGAGUCCCUGCCUACACACACAACAACCCAAUCCCGUCUGUAUGUGUGUGUAGAUCACCGAGUGUUUGAAGGAGUAUCUGCCCAAGAAGCCCAACGGCAGGCCGGCCCCCCUGGGCCUGCCAAUGGUGCAGGGCAAGGGCGUCCGCGUCCAGCUCUACCACCCAAGCGUCGGCGCCCUCUGGGGACCCACUCGCAACUUCGAGCAGCUCAAUUCAGUCAGAUCCGGCUUCAAGGCCGCCUGCGAAGACCGCGAACAGGUAGGCACACACAUACAUACAGACACGUCCCCGUACGCAUUCUGACGCCAAUGUGAAUAUGUGUCUGUGUGUGUGGUUGAUGGAUGUGUGUGUGUAUCAGUUUGUGCGUGACAUCUGGGGUCCGAAGGGCGAGGCCCACCAGCUCCACCUGCUGCCCGGCUGGGAGACGGUCGUCGACGACUCACCCCAACCCGCCACCACCCUGGCCAUCGCGACCGACCGGGCCGAGCAGGUGCCUCAGCAAGGGCCACCGCAGAUCACGACAGGCGCCCACUCAUACGCACCCCCCGCCCCAGACCCACCGGCACCAGGACCACCACGCGACUUCAUUACCACGGCCGGCGCGGUGUAG